AUGUCUUCUCACAAGACUUUCAAGAUUAAGCAGUUCCUGGUCAGCAAACAAAAGCAAAAUCGUCCUAUUCCCCAGUGGAUUCGGAUGAAAACUGGUAAUAAAAUCAGGUACAACUCCAACAGGAGACAUUGGAGAUGAACCAAGCUAGGUCUAUAAGGAAUUGCACAUGAGAUGGCACACAUAUUUAUGCUGCCUGAAGGUCACAAUCCCGUUACCAUAUCAAGCUGGAAAUGUCACCACUAUCUGGAGAGUUCGACAUGUUUUCCUCUCUGAAUCUGUUAUAAACACAUUGAUUGGCUGGGUUCAGUAAUAAAUAUGUCAGGCCUUUCAUUAAAAA